AUGGAUGAGUUUGGUGUCUUAACCGAACAAUAUGGGUUGAAGCCCCAAGGAAAAUCGGCUCCAAUGGCAGCAUCCAAACGAUCCACAAGCACCAACGGCACCCAAGCCUGGAGUUCAAACAAAGGGAAAUCGGGUGGAUGGGGUCUGGGUUGUUGGAUUCGUUUGGGGGGGGGUUGCCGGCUAGGGUGGGGGCAGCUGGUGGUCAUGGGAAUGGGGGGAGCGUAG